AUGUCAGACACAGAAUCAAAACCAAUUGAAGAUCCAAUAGAAGGAGACACAGAAUUAACGAAAGAACAAAGACUAGAAGCAGCCAGGAAAAAAUUUGAAGAUUUGAAAAAGAAGAAAAAGAAAGAUAAAAAGAAGAAAACUAAGAAAACCAAAGAAGAAGGUGGUGAUGAAGAUGAAGAAGAAGAUGUUGGGGAAUCAUCUACUAAAGAGGGAACACCCAUUGUCACUGAUGAUAGAACUGAGGCUAUUAACAAAAAUGUAGAGGAAAAGAAAGAUACAAUUGAAGAAACUAAAAAGCCAGAGGAAUCUACAACUACAAUAAUUGAUGGAAAGUCGAAUGAUACAACUACUGAAAAAUCAUCAGAAUCGAAACCUGCUCAAACAGAACCAUCAAAAGAUGAAACUGAAAAACCAUCAGAAGAAAAGUCCUCUCAUGAUUUAGAUUCAAUAAAGUCAGACACUCUGAUAAUAGAUGAGUUACAAAAGACAAUUGAAGAUCAAAAAAAGACAAUAGAUAGAUUAAGAAAUGAAAUAAAAGAUAUGAAACUUUCAAAAAUGGAAUUAGAAGAUAAUUUAACAGAUUUAAAGCAAGAAAAUGAACAAUUGAAAAAAACCAAAUCAACAACAACAUCUAAAACAACAGAUUCAAUUUCAUCAACUACAAAUUCAACAAUAACUCCUGCAAAACCUAUAUUCACUAAAAAUGAAUUUGCUUCAAUAUCACAACAAAAUUUAAGUAAAUUUAAUUCAACUGAAGAUUUUAGAGAAAAAUUAAUGAUUUGGAAAGGUUGGCAAGUUGAUAUGACAAAUUGGGGGAGUAUAACUACAAAUCAAGUAGCUCUUUAA